AUGUCAUACUAUUAUACUACAUCACCAAAUUAUUCAAAUUAUCAAAAUCAGAUUGAUAUCAAUGAUUUAAUUUCAUUAUUAACAAAUCAAAAUUUUGAACAACAACAACAAAAACAAAUUCAAAAUUAUUUAAAUACAGAAUUACAAAAACAUAAUCAAAUUAUAAAACCAAGAGUUAUUAAAAAAUUAGAAACUGAAGAUGAAUUUCAAAUUCAAAUUUAUAAACCUUAUGGUAAUUAUAAUAAUUAUGAAGUUUUAAUUAAACAUAUUCAACCUCAUCAACCAAUUAUUAAUUUAGAAAUUUAUUCAAAAGAAGAUCAAUUUAAAGUUAUAUUUAAAUUUAAUUUAAAUUAUAUUGAUAUUAAUAAUAUUAAUUGGAAAUGGUAUAAACAAAAUAAUAUUUUAGUUUUAAAUAUUCCUAAAAAAUUACAUUUUAUUAAUCAUCAAUAUGAUGAUAUAUUGAAUCAUUUAUUAGAUUCAAAUUCUCAUUUAUUAAAUAAUGGUCAAUGUUUUGAAAAUAACGAUGAUGAAGUUGGGUAUUACCUUAAUAAUAAUGAACAGGAACCACAAGAAGAUGAAGAUGAAGCAGAACAAGAUGAAAAUUUAGAUAAUUCAUUAAAUGAUCAUGAUAAAUUAAUUAGAGAUGCUAUUAAUUCAUUAAUUUCUCAAAAUCAUCAAUCAAAUGGUAAUUAUAAACCAAAACAACAACAACAACAACCACCUAAAGAUUUAGAAGCUAAACAAAAAGCAGAAAAACAAGCUAAAGAAGAAGAAGAAGCUAAACAAAAGGCAAUUGAAGAAGCAGAAGCAAAAAGAAAAGCAGAAUUUGAACAAGCUAAAAAACAAGCAGAGGAAUUACAAGCAAAACAAAAAGCUGAAGCUGAAGCAAAACAAAAAGCAGAAGCAGAAGCAAAACACAAAGCUGAGUUAGAAUCCCAAAGAAAAGCCAAAUUAGAAGCUAAAAAACAAAAACAACAAGAAUUACUUAAAAAGAAACAAGAAUUAUCAGAAAAAAGAAAACAAUUUGAAUUAAAACAACAAAAAGAUGCAAAAUUAUUACAAGAUCAACAAUUAGAAAUUGAUAAUUUAUUAAAACAACAUGAAAUUGAAUCAGAAAAUGAUAUUGGUCAUGAUGUUGAUGAUUAUGAUCAAGAUUUUACAAAUCCUGCUUUUAUCAAGGAACAACAAGAUUAUUUAAAUAAAUUAUUUGGUUAUAAUUUAGGUCCUGUUUUAUUCAAUAACUUAUCUGGUCAAGGUCAACCUCAACAAAGACAACAACCACAAAGUCAAUCAAAACAACCUCCACAACAACAACAACAACAACAACAAGAACAACAUAUUCCACCACAAAAACCACAAAAGCCAAUAAAUUUAAAACCAAAAACUCAACAACAACAACAGCAACAACCACAAUCAACUAGUUCAAAAAAGCCAUUACCAAAACAAAUUAACAAAUUAAAUUUACCAAAUAUUAAAAAAUCAAAUUCUCCAACUAUUGAAGAUGUCGAAGAUGAAGAGAGUAUUUUAUUUAGAAAAAAAUUUGAUCAUUAA